AUGAAUUUGGAGAGUUCUCAACACAAAUCACCUAGUCCUCGAGCCUGCACUGAAGUUAGUUCGUUGCAGAAGAACAAAACAAGGAACCGUGAAGCACUUGAACGAGGUCUUUUAUGCAGACGUCCUGUAAAAGAACUUGUUGGUCAGGGGAUUUUGCUCAAUCCUUCAAUAUGUAAUGCUCUCAAGGUAAAGGAGUUGCAGCGGGCCAAGACGGCGGAUAUCUUAAAGCGCAAAAUUGAAAGGCGCCCAGAUAGGCAGGUUCUGAUAAGCCGACGAAUACUUAAAGCAAGUGAAGCAGGUGCAUCGCCGUUAAUUCAAGAGCGGUGCAACACCUUAACAAAAAAUCAAUUGCGUGAGUCCUUAAAUAGCAAGCUUGAACGAAGGCCCGGUAGCUUAGAACUUGUCGAGAAGGGCGUUUUGAAGGUGGAUCCGGGUGUUGCAACACUCAUUCGCGGUGGAUCGAUUCCAUAUCCCCGUGUAUCUUCUACGUCUCCAGCCUUGUUAUUUACAGUCCCUGAAGACGAACCAAUCACGCAGCCUAAUCCUCCACCAGCUCCUCCCCCUCCCGAUACGUUAAAAACGCCCUUUUCUGCUUCUCGAUCCACUGUGACCAAAUCGCGCACCCCUAGCCGGUCUCUAAAGGAUGAAACCGUGAUUAGUCGGUACGGAUCACUUGUGUUCCACAAUUACUGUCCCUCUUCUGCUGCCUCAUCUAACUCGCCGAGCCUUCGGAUCAAUGGUUCUACCAACGCUACCACCGCCAGCACGACCGAGCGCCUACCAAAGCAUCGGGCUAGGGAGGUUCAACAAGCGGAAUUGCUACACUUGGAGGAUGCAGCACAGGCUCAUAGACGUCUAGGUCAGGAGAUUUGCCAAAUGAAGGGUCGUCCCCCCCAUAAAAUUGCUCAGGCUACCCAGCUCAACCCAGUGUUUCAACCGGUUGUGAUCGCCCAGCAACCCCAGCAACCGUCGCCACACCGAUGCUUCGUGCUCUCGAGUCCAGCCCAUUCCCUUCAACAGACAGUGGCGCUGCCUUCACCACCAUCUUUGUCCCCACCACCGCCUCCUCCUCCGCCACCUCCUCCUCCGAUUUCGCAAACAUUCCCUACACGGCUCUUUCCCACCGGCCACGUUUUCGCUUUGAACUUAUUGAAGCUACCAUUUGUGCAAAGUAAAUACCCUCGUAUGUUAAACGACGUUUUGGAAUGUCAACUAUUCCUUCUUCAACUUUUCCUUCAAUUUGGUCACCCAAACCUUCAUUUUUUGCUAUUUUUAGUUCGUCUCUUCUCUUUCGUCGUUUGGUUUGCAUUUGAUUCCUGGUUCUUGUUUUACACACUUCCUUUUGGCACGUAUAGGUUGAUACUACCGGAAUCAUUACUGCGAUUUGCCGUUCAUUUAAACGGCAGUACCGCUGUAGUAACCCUGCGCAAUGGUCGUUCGGCAGCAGAAGCAGUGAGUCAGCAAACUCAGACCCAGGCUCGACAGCAGCACCAAGUUCUGGGCUUGACUCCCGCUGCCUCACUCUUGACGACCAUUCGGUCGACCACUUCUGCCGAGCCUGUAGAAAAGGUUGCCUCUCUGGAGGAAAUCGAAUCCGUGUGGCUGGAUCUUCGGCGUCUUCAACAGGAUAUCACUGAGGAGGCAUCACGGAUCGGACUCAACAUUUAUUCCAGCGACGGAUUUCCAGGAGCCUUCACCGUAGCAAAUUCAAGUGAAAUGGAACCCAACCACCCGGCCUGUCAGCGAUUGAAUCGACUGGUGAAGGAGCACGCCAACCUCUGCUCACUUGCUCGGCUUCUCAUCUCCGACCGGCUGGAGUUCUUGGAUGGGACUGACCUCUUUCUUCUGCACCACGAGAAGUCAGCAGAACAGCACAAGGAGGGGCUUGAUGACGGCAACAGUGCCAGCGGCAAUGGCAGUGUGUCUGUGAACACGCAGAAGGAGCCGGUGGGUUCGGAGCUGGAGCGGAGUUUGCUGCAGUCGUAUUUGUGUCGCCUGGGUGGUAACUACUAUCAGCGCGGGGCUGCCCGAGCCCGUAGGGCUCGUCAACUCUCUUGUCUUGCCUCGGCAGGGAUUCCGCUUUCAUCCGAUGUUAUUGGUGUCGGUGCCAACAACGCCCUGCUGCAGACCCUCUGGCGCAAUAGCACCAUCCUUCCCGCCCACUCGGAUAAUAUAUUCUAUCAACAACAGACCUGCCAAGCUGUCCCCCAGAAAUUGAAUGAAAGUCUUGUGAAGCAGUCCUCAGCCACGGAGGCAUGGAUGGAUCAAUUAUGUUCCUCUGCAGCACUCCAAACAGCUUUUAACACAAUGUCAACAGCACCGGCAGCAGCGACGGUAGCUUCGGUCGCGGCCCCGAUCCUUCACACCACCUCUUCAAUGCCAGCGAACCUCCAUCUUGUCAACGCACCUGCCACCAUGCUGUUGACCCCCGCGAUGAACGAUUCCUUCUUUCCUGCACCUUCCACCGUUGCUAUCACCACUGCCGCCUCUGCUAGCAACAGAGGGGAGGGAAGAGGGGCCGUCUUCCUCCCUUGCGUGAGUUCUGGCAGUUCCGGCAGUUCUGAGCCAGUUCUUACUGCUGAAGGUUCUUCUUGCUCCAUUCCUGCCUCCUCUGAUGGCCAAAUAGCCGAACGAACUGAGGACAGUCUCAUGGCUAUGGAGUUCUCUCCAAGUGAUCUCAACGACAUACCAUCCCCACCGAGAGCGGAGACUCACGAUAUCUCCGAUGUGCAGGACUUCCUUAGCGCAUUCCCUUUAGAUGAGGAGACGAUUGGAUUCGGUGCUGCCUCUCCGGUCGCCUCCUCGACUACUACUACUUCUUUCGACUCGAGGCUUCCUCCCGAAUCGCAGUUCUUUGUACCACCAGACGCAGAUGUCUUGUGGCGCCAGGGUCUCAUGGACAUAUCCUAG